AUGACACCCUCACAAGCUGUCCUGCAGUUGCUUUCUGCAUCGCUGGCUCUCGGCCAGAUGGUCUACAAUGAGGCUGAGGGCCCUACAGAACGUCCUCAAUGCAAAGCUACAGAGACACGAGAGCCAAAAUACACAUAUACACCCUUCAGUUACACCCUUACUGAGACUGUGAGAUACGCUACCUCGGUACCUGCGCCCACUACCACAACUACAUACGCCGAUCCACCAGAAUCUCUCAUCUCUCUCGUACCUUCAUUGUCAUUCACUACAUGGGGAAAAUGGAACCCCAAUGCUACCACUAAAGCCUCAGACACGAAUGAUCCGUAUGGCCAAGCUGCGUGGACUGCUUUGUGGGAGCACGCAAACCCUCCCAACUUUACUGAAACGGGUAUCUUCAGCACUACCGUGUCGCCCACUCCCAUUCCCAGCAGCGAACUUGUUCUGCCGCCGCGAGACUACUUCGGUCCUUCAGACUGCUACAACUUCCCAAAGAACUUUAGUUUUGGUGUUGCGAGCUCUGCAAGCCAGAUCGAGGGUGCUACUGCUGAGGAGGGCAAGGCGCCGUCUCUUAUGGAUAUUCUUAUCCAGACUGAUCGUGCGAAGGAUUACGUUACGAACGAGCACUAUUACUACUACAAGCAAGAUAUCGAGCGCGUCGCUGCCAUGGGCGCGAAGCAUUUCUCAUUUAGUAUUGCAUGGACGAGAAUCUUGCCCUUCGCGUUACCCGGUACACCUGUGAACCAGGAAGGAAUCGAUCAUUAUAAUGAUGUGAUUAACUUCAUUCUUGAAAAAGGAAUGACGCCAGAAGUUACCCUGCUUCACUUCGACACUCCUCUUCAGUUCUUUGGAAGCAACCUCACAAAAGCUGCAGACAGGCCUCUAAUCGGGUACACGAACGGUGGUUACCAGAAUGAGACUUUCCAGGAUGCUUUUGUUCACUAUGCAAAGGUCGUCAUGAGUCAUUAUGCUGAUCGCGUCCCUGUCUGGUUCACUUACAAUGAACCACUUCUCUACUCAUACAAUGCCCUCUCAGUAUACAAUGUCGUCAAGUCUCAUGCUAGAGUCUAUCGCUGGUACAAGGAAGAACUCGGCGGACAGGGAAAGAUUGCGCUCAAGUUCAACAAUAACUUUGGUGUCCCUCGGGAUCCGAAGAGUGAGGUGGAUGUAUAUGCUGCCGACCACUUCAACUCAAUCCAACUCGGUCCCUUCUGCAAUCCUAUCUACCUCGGCCAAGAUUACCCCGAGUCAUUUAAAAAGACUUUUGAUGACUUUGUCCCGUUGAGCGAGGAAGAUCUCAAGUACAUCGGCGGCACGGCUGACUUUAUGGGCAUCGAUCCAUAUACUGCCACGGUUAUCGCACCACCUGUUCCAGACGACAAGGACAGUAUUCUAGAAUGCGCAUCAAACUCAUCUUCUACUUUCCGACCGUACUGCGUCAAUCAAACUACUACGACCGUCAACGGGUGGAACAUCGGCUACCGGUCUUACAGCUACGUGUACAUCACACCCACCUACCUCCGAAGCUACCUCAACUAUCUGCACAACACAUGGAGAACCCCCGUAGCUCUAACAGAGUUUGGCUUCCCUGUUUUCGGCGAGGCAGAGAAGGAGCUAUCUGAUCAGCUGUUUGAUACACCCCGAAGCAUCUACUACUUGAGCUUCUUGUCCGAGACUCUCAAGGCGAUCUGGGAAGACGGAGUUGAAGUUAUAGGAGCCUAUGCGUGGUCUUUCAGUGAUAAUUGGGAAUUUGGAGAUUAUUCUGCUCAGUUUGGGAUCCAAACAGUGAACAGGACGACGCAGGAGAGGCGAUAUAAGAAGAGUUUCUUCGAUAUGGUGGAUUUUAUGAAGGCACGUGGCGUGGAGUGA